CUCAGAGAGAUCUCAAGGAAAUAUGAACAUGUAUUUAUGAAUAUGUAUUUAUGAAUCAUUCUGUAUAUAAUUUAGAAGAAGAAUAGUUAGGUUCAUAUAUAUAAUCUCGUAUAACUUAUUUUGACACAUUCUAACGUAGAUAUCACUUGUGCGUCACGCCACUGAUGAUACUCUUUGCGUUGGAAGAUCACGCGCUAACAGGGAAAUUUUUGUACGAAGAGCCCCCGAGAUUUCCCAAGAUCUAGGGACUUGGAGUUGCGCUAAGUUGACAGCGCGCACUCGUCAGCAGCGGAGAGGAUGCGGCGGCCAUUUUGGAUUAUCGGCGUUAGCAUCGCGAGCCCGCGUAUGUAUGCGUACGUGUGUAUAGUGUGACUAGGAAGUUCGUCGCGUAUAUUCGGAGCACAUCACGUCGUCGAGUCGAAGAAUUGAUUGUUGGUGAUAAGUCGCGUGAUAAGCCCGACGACGGUAGAAUGGGCCGCAAGAAGAAGAAGCAGUCGAGACCGUGGUGCUGGUAUUGCAACCGAGAAUUUGAAGAUGAAAAGAUUCUUAUUCAGCACCAGAAGGCAAAACAUUUUAAAUGUCACAUCUGUCACAAGAAAUUAUACACGGGACCAGGGCUUAGCAUACACUGCAUGCAGGUACACAAGGAGACGAUAGACAAGGUUCCAAAUUCGUUACCGAAUCGUAGUGAUAUCGAGAUAGAAAUUUACGGGAUGGAAGGUAUACCUCCAAACGACGCGAAGGAGCACGAAAGACAGAGGAACGGUGGUAGGCCAGGUUCGCCUAGCUCUGGCGAGGAUGAACCGGUAACAAAGAAAGCGAAACCGGAGGGUUUAUUGGGCUCUGCACCGGCGAUGCCUGGGAUGGCCGGAAUACCUGGGAUGGCACCGCAACCUACUUUGCCACCGAUGCCGCCUGGUAUGGCGCAUCCUAGUAUGGCGCCGCAUCCUGGAAUACCACCGCAUCCUGGAAUGCCACCUAUGCACCCUAUGAUGCCGAUGGGCCACGUGGGUCCUCCGUUUAUGAGUUCAGGUAUGAUGUCAGGUAUGACGGGUAUGCCUUCCGGUAUGCAACCGCCGGUAUCGGGCGCGUCGAUCCCGCCGACGCGUCCACUUUUCCCAAGCGCCGCGGCCGUCUCGACAGCGGCGUCGACGGCGGUUACGUCUACGCCUCUUGGGACAGAUUUCAAACCGAUCACGUCGGUGGCGGGCGGCUCGAUAGGGCCAGUGAAGCCGACAUUCCCCGCUUACAGCACCGUCGAGACCGCUGGUACCACAUCUAACAAUAAUCUCGGUGGCGAUCAAAAGGUGAAUUUAAUUGCGACCACCGGGGCUGCCAGCAAAAUCAUUCACCCUCCGGAAGAUCUCAGUUUGGAAGAAAUCAGGGCGAAGUUGCCGAAGUACCAACGUCGUGCCGAUGAGCCGCGAUCGGCGCAGUCGGAGGCGAGCCAACAACAGCAGCAGGCUGCCGCGCUGCAGCAAGCACAGCAACAGCAGCAACAGCAGCAGCAGCAGCAAGCACAGCAGCAGCAACAGCAGCAGCAGCAAGCGGCUGCUGCGAACGCGGCCGCUGCUUUUCAGGAUCAACAGCAGCGACAGCAGGCGGUUGCGCUGAGCGCCCUGCAGCAGCAACAGCAACAGAGGUUUCCGAGGCCGCCGCAGGUGAUGGUACCGGCCUCGGCAGCCGCGAUGCCUGUGAAUUCGGUCGCCUUAAUGGCACCGCUUAUGCGACACACUAUGACACUGGCCGCGCCUGCUCUCAUUCAUGGAGGUAACAUGAUGCGACCGCCCCCCAUGGGCAUGCCACCAGGUAUGAUAGGAGCCAUACCACCGGGUGCGAUGCAUCCGGCCUUCCCCAUGGGAUUCCCGGCGCCGAUGCUAGCACCGAUGAUGCAUCCACGCUUCAGAUGAUCGCCCCCCAUGGACGGGCCCAAUCCCCCGCCGUUGCACUUCGUGCUGUGGGCCCGCCCCUAAGUCUCGCUGGGGUUCGGACCUGACCGAGGAAGAGACACGGACACACUCAGUUGACACGACGAGGAAAGGGGGAGAGAAAUGGGAUGCGAAAAGAGAAAGAGAGAGCGAGAGAGAGAGAGAGAGAGAGAGAGAGAGAGAUAGAGAUAAUGGGAGUUGAUUCGCGCGGUGAAGCUUUCGCAUCCACUUUGAUUCACGUCGCGCAAUUCGACCGCAUCCUCUCCCAUUGCGACGUUUGGAUGAUUCAAGGUCCUUGUUCUUUUUUUCUAAUCAUAUCGUUGAAAGACAUAGAGAUGAGAACUACACAGACAGACAGACAGACAGAAAGAGAUUG